CGCGUCCGCGUUUCGUGUUACACUUAAAGCGCUGAAGUUUCAAAGCCCUGCCAAUAAAUUCCAAAUACAGCUACAAAAUAAAUGCCAAGCAAAAAUAUGUGAAAUUUAAGUGGAGUGGAUGAAAACAGAUAAAGAAAAAAAGGGAAAAAAAGAAUUGAAUAAAAGUGUGCCAUUUUAAAGCGCCAACGCUACAAAUGCUUGGCAUGCGAGAAUGUUAAGUAAUUUGCUCUUUUUGGUUACAACCGCAACACGACCUACAAACACCAUCAAUGUGAGUGCUGCGCCUUUCGUGUUCUUCUUCUAGCUUGGGGGCAAUGAAAUCGCGGAAGCUGCCAAAAGGCUUCGUGCUUUGUGGCUUGAACUGCUUGACGUUUGUCUAUUUUCCGCUGGUGCUGCCCAUACUGAAAUGCUCGGCCGGCUCGACCGACUUCGACUAUCGCAUGCAGCGCGUGAAGAAUGUCCUGAAGGAGGUGCCACUGAUAGACGGCCACAACGACUUGCCCUGGAACAUACGCAAAUUUCUCAAGAAUCAGCUGAAAGACUUUCGCUUUGGCAGCGAUCUGCGCGAGCUAGCGCCCUGGUCGACCAGCGCCUGGAGCCACACGGACCUGCGACGUCUCAAGGAGGGCAUGGUGUCGGCACAGUUUUGGUCCGCCUACGCACCCUGCUCGUCCCAGCACCUGGACGCCGUGCAGCUCACUCUGGAGCAAAUCGAUCUGAUCAGACGCCUCGUUCAGCUGUAUCCCCAUCACAUGACGCUCGUGACGACAGCGUCGGGCAUCGAACAAGUUCAUCGCACCGGCAAGAUAGCCAGUCUUAUAGGGGUCGAGGGUGGCCAUGCCAUUGGCACCAGCCUCAGUGUGCUGCGCAUGUUCUAUCAACUGGGCGCCCGGUACCUCACCCUCACGCACACCUGCAAUACACCCUGGGCCGACUGCUGCAAAGUUGACGAACCGGGAAAAUAUCCCCACAUAGGAGGCCUCUCCAAGUUCGGCAAGCUGGUGGUGCAGGAAAUGAAUCGCCUGGGCAUGAUUGUCGAUCUGUCGCAUGUCUCUGUGCCAACAAUGCUGGAUGCUCUGGGCUCGUCACGGGCGCCCGUCAUCUUCUCCCACUCCUCGGCGCAUGCCAUUUGUAAUAGUUCCAGAAAUGUGCCUGAUCAUGUGCUGCAGCGUAUUGCCAUAAAUGGUGGUCUCGUCAUGGUUGCCUUUUACCCGCAUUUCGUCAGCUGCUCGAGUCAGGCGACGCUGCAGGAUGUCGUUGCGCAUAUCAACCACAUACGUGAAGUGGCCGGCAUCGAUCAUGUGGGCAUUGGGGCUGGCUACGAUGGCGUCAACUUAGUGCCCAAAGGACUGGAGGAUGUUUCCAAAUAUCCUUACCUUUUUGCCGCCCUACUCGAGUCUGAUAAAUGGUCGGAGGAGGACAUUGGGAAGUUGGCUGGCAAGAAUCUAAUACGUGUAUUUAAGGAUGUCGAAGCGGUGCGAGAUCAAAUGGACCUUUUGCGAGUGCCACCCAUUGAUCAGUCAAUUCCAGCCGAAGACAUUAUGGGCAGAUCCUACUGUCGCUUUCAAGGACCAAGAACGUGAUAAUUUCUCCAAACAAUAUGAAAAGCUUAAACACCCACACACCCAUACUUACCUACACAUGCGGCCGCAUAUGUCAGAUCAGCAACAACAACAACAGCAAAAACAACAACUGGAGCACCAGCAGAUGCAACAACAGGAAAUUAUGUGAAACACACUUUUGAUGGACAGUUCCGAUAAGAACAGCCCCGAAGUUACAAUGUAAAUAUUUGUAUGGACAUGAUAAAGAUAAACUGUACGAAAAGCUAUGUAUACAUACUAUAUGUAAGACAUAAAGUAAAAUUAACAUAAAACGUUGGAUAAUAACCGAAGAAGAAUUUCGUGUAUGUACAUGAGAGACGAUGUUUGUGGAGAGAGCAAGCAGAGGAGCAGAAAGUGAAAUAAAAAUAAAUUAAUAAAAACAAAA